UCGAGUGAAGCUGGUUGCAUGGUUGCAUCACAGUUGCACGCAGAGAGGGAAGUUCUUUGGUCAUUCCACAACAUGAAGUCUCCCGCGCUGUUCCUACUGGCUACAUGCGUCACGGUCGCCGUCGCAGCCAAAAUACCCGACUAUGUGCCUGUGUGCAAGAAGAGUGAUCCAAACUUCGACCAAUGUGUCAUCAAGGCCAUUGAGGUUGUGCGUCCUCACCUUGCUAAAGGUAUUCCCAAGAUGAAGGUUCCACCAGUAGAACCACUGGUGAUUCCAGCUCUAGAGAUCAACCGAAACACAGACGCUCUCCAAGUGAAGGCUAAGCUGACGGACAUCCGAGCGUUCGGGGGCUCUAACUUCAUCGUCAACAACCUCAAGACGGAUCUGAACAAGCUUGCUGUGGUUGCGUCAGUGACUCUUCCUUUCUUGCAAGUGACGUCAGACUACGACGUUGAUGGACGGCUCUUGGUCAUUCCUCUCAAGGGAAAAGGGAUCUUCAAGGGAAACUUUACUAAUAUCAAGGCUGAUGUGAGAGCAACUGGCAAGCUGAUCAAGAACAAGAAAGGGACUGAGUUCGCCCAAGUGAAGGACCUGUCAGUCAAGUUGAGGAUCGGAGACCAAACUGUCAAGUUUAUAAACAAGGGUAGUCGGGACACCGAGGCUAUAACUCAAACAGCAAUGAAUUUCUACAACCAGAACAGACAGCAAGUAUUGGAGAUUAUCAUGCCCAUUGUUGAAGAAACUACUGUGGCGUUCGCUAGGCAAUUCGGAAACACCAUCUUCAGAGCUAUUCCGUUUUCUGAGAUUCUCCCCAACUAAUAACUAUUUAGCCGUGUGCUAUGAUGAAGUUACCGUCUAACCAAUAUAUCCUAGUGGUGCUUAAAAACUGUGGCCACAUGGCUUCCAGCUUUAAACAAAAUGUACCAUGUACUUAAUAAGAAUUACUUGUAAAUACUUAGGUGUAUUAAAGUAUAUUUAAAGAAUAAGAACGAAUUUUAAUACAUUAUUUAUUACCGGGCGAGUCCAGUAAACACAUUUUGGACGAGUGACGUUCGAUUCGAUAUUUUAGGCUACUCUAAGCUAACAAAAAGUCCCCGCUGACUAAAAGACUAAUAAUCAUUACUCAUAACCUCAAAGAUAGGCUAUGUUUUUUUUUUUUAUAAUCACUCAUUGCCAAAUAUAAUCAGCUGGUUGGUGUCCGGAGAGAUCGAUGGUAAAAACUUGGGAGACGGAAGUCUUGCCAUAAUCCUACCCGGGUACUGUUGAAGCUAAUCGCCUGAUUUAAGGCCUUUCCUGUCAGUUGAGGGGUAGCAAGCGCGACAGGGAAGUAAAUGCGAGAUUGACCUCCAAUUCCUAACCUAACAAGUGUUUUGAUUUUACGUGUUGGCAACAAAAGCGAAAAUCUUUAACAUAUAAAACUAAGACAACGCUGUUGAUACAACUAUUUUUUCUGAUGUAACAACAGUGGUCAUAGUUUAUUUCGUUGAGUCGUAAGUUAAGAUUUAUUGAAAUAUUUGUCUAUACAAAAGAAUAUAAUUACAUUUUUGUAUGAUAUUGGACAAGUUUUCUUCAAAUCUUGACUGCAAACGUCAUUUACCAAAUACCAAUUAUAUAAUUUCUGGGUUAGUAACUAAUGUAUAAAUACAGCCACAUCUAAAGCAUCUGUAAAUCAAUGGUUACACACAGAGCCACCAUUUAGUAUUUUUUUUUAAUAUCCAUGUUACUUAACAUUUUAAUAUUUAAAUACAUUUUAAUCCUAGUAUAAUUAGCUUUUGCAAAAAUGUAUUACAAUUUACAAAUGUAACAUUCAAUAUGGCAGCCAUUUAAACAUUUUUAACAGUAGUACAGUAACGUUAAACCUGUAAAUCUUAAAAUAAACACAAGAAUGCUUUUCACAGUAAAUUCUGCAACAAACGUAAUGAGACAUCAACAUAGAAAAUCCAAUUACAAAUUGGAAAUAUGGCAUUUUUUGUGGUGCGUGCCUAAAAAGGCGUAUUAGAGCGUGCGGUAUAAGUACUUGUCUGCAACUAUGUGACUAUCACCAACCAAUACGAUAGUUUCAUAAGAACUAAAUAUAUGUGUGAAAAAAACAGUCAUUCUUACGUCAACCUAAAAAGAAUACCUAAAAAACUAUAUAUAUAUAUAUAUAUAUAUAUAUAUAUAUAAAAUUAAAAUACCGUCAUUAAUACAUUACUAGUGGCUUGUAGGGGCAAUAGCCCCUUUGGAUGAAUAAGAUCCCCCUCUAAUAUUUUUGUAAGUAAAUAUACAGAGAUAUUCUUUUGGUGGUCUUACAAUCUUAGCAGGAAGUUUAAUUUUUUUUAUUUUAAAACUUUUGAGUGUCCCCCAAAAAGGGGGAUUUUGGGGGCAACUCAAAACUCUUAAAUGUAAAACCUCUUCAAGUGACACCUCAUUUUGAAGUGUUUACAAAAACUUGAAGAAUGGUGAAAACCAGAGUUCACUAUCUCUCUUCUGUCUAAAAUUGUAGCCAAUAUUACAACUACGAACCAAUAUUACCAUUGAUUUUCCAUAACAUUUGACGGGCUACCAUUUUGGACAGAAUAGAGAUAGCGAACUCUGGUUUUCACCAUUUUUUACAUUUUUGUAAAAACUUUAAAGUGAGGUGUCACUUGAAGGGGGUUUACAGUUAAAAAUUUUGAAUUGCUCCCAAAAUCCCCCCUUUUUGGGGGACAUUUAAAAAUUUCAAUAUCAUAAAAUGAAACUUCCUGCUUAUAUUGCACGACUACCAAAAGUAUAUCUCUGUAUAUUUACUAAGAAAAAUAUUAGAGAGGGGGUCUUGACUUUUUAUUCACCUUGUGUAUAUAUAUAUAUUCUAGUAAUUAUUUUGUACAAAUUAUUAGUCUCAUGGGUUACCCUACCUUGAAUUAUUGUUUAACAAUUUUGUAUGUUAUAAUAU